CGAGUUGAAACUUAAAUAACAGCAUUCCCUACAUUCAUUCAUUCAUUCAUCAAUUUCGUUUCUCCUGGUUGCGUAUGGAGCUUUAUGUUUAUUUGUCGCCGCCACCCCAAAACAUCGUAACCCAUCAUCACCCUCUUUCUCCGUUUCAAUUUGAACGGUUUCAUCACAAACCCUAAUUCCUCCUUCAAUUCCCCUUUUCCAUAAUCAUGUUCCCUUGGAACAUUGCUAAAUCGGCGGAAGCCAUGUUCUCCCGCUGGGCCCUCAAGAGGGUUUGCAAAUUCUUCCUCAAGAAGAAAUUGGGACAGUUUAUUCUCGGCGACAUCGACCUCGACCAGCUCGAUGUUCAACUCUCACAAGGCACCAUUCAGCUCACCGAUCUCGCUCUUAACCUCGACUUCAUCAACGCCAAGCUUGGCAAAACUGCAUCUAUAAUGGUAAAAGAAGGAUCAAUUGGAUACCUUUUGGUUAAAAUGCCUUGGAGUGGCAAAGGUUGUGAGGUUGAAGUGAAUGAGCUUGAACUUGUGGUUUCGCCGUGCAGGGAUAAGAUUUAUACUGCUGAAGAUGAAGCUCGUGGUUCGGAUGUCGAUAACGAUAGUUGUCAAAUGAAAAAUAGCUCAAACAGGACCAUUAAUGAAAUAGAUGAUGAUGCUAUGAAGUCAAUUUCAAUGGAUGUUCAUGAAGGUGUAAAAACUAUUGCAAAGAUGAUAAAGUGGUUGCUUACAAGCUUCCAUGUGAAAGUAACAAACGUGAUUGUUGCGUUUGAUCCGUCUUUAGACAACAAUGAAGGAAAGGAAAUGCAUUGUCAUCGGACUUUAGUUCUUCGGGUUUCAGAGAUACAAUGCGGAACAAGUUUGUCUGAAGACACUGAGUCUAAUGUUGAUGUACUUGGUAUAAGCCAGUUAACAAACUUUGUAAAGUUUCAUGGGGCAGUGCUUGAGAUUCUCAAAAUAGAUAAUGAAAAUAACCAGUUAUCUGUUCAGCAUGGGUCAGAAGCUGGUUGUGGUGAACCUGUUUUGGGAUCAAAUAAAUCCAUGUAUCCAGUCAUGACUGGGAAGCAAGGUGGAUUUGGUGGAAAUGUAAAAUUAAGUAUUCCUUGGAAGAAUGGUUCUUUGGACAUUCGCAAGGUGGAUGCAGAUGUUUGUGUUGAUCCCAUAGUGUUAAGAUUUCAACCUAGCACAAUUGAAUGGCUAUUGAAGUCAUGGGGAACUCUUAAAAAUUUGAAUAAGGAUGCGAAAGGUUGCAAGAAGAACAACUUACAAGGACCUUCUCAAUUAAAUUCUGCGCCGUCGUGUCAUACACCAACUUCAGUUUCUACUACCAAUGUCACCAGUCAAAUGAUAAACGGGCAUGGUAGUUUGCCCGUCAAUUGUGCCUCCUUGACCCAACUAGAAGAUCUUGAACCCCUCACAGAAGCUUUACUUCCUGCUGCUAAUCUUAUUUCAGAUUGGGUGCCAUAUUCUACUCAUCUAAAUCAUACAAAUGGUAUUCAAGAACCUGACUUUGGAGCGAGUGUGGACCAAUUUUUUGAAUGUUUUGAUGGAAUGAGAAAUUCUCAAUCUGCUCUAGGGAGCAGUGGAAUGUGGAAUUGGACAUGUUCGGUUUUCAGUGCUAUCACCGCUGCGUCCAGCCUUGCUUCUGGAUCCUUGCAGAUUCCCUCUGAACAGCAACACAUGGAAACCAAUCUCAGGGCUACUUUUUCUGGAAUAUCUGUUGUUUUGCACUUCUGUGAUGAUGAACAGAACCAAUUUUAUGAGCCUAAAACUGGUAACACAGUUGGAUCGCAUAUCGAUUAUCUUGGUGCAGAGUGCAAUGAAAUUUCUGUUGCCUUGAAGGUAUGUCCUCAAAUGAUGACUUUCGAUGGCAUGGUGAAGUAUGUAGAAGUCGCUAAUUUUUUGAACAUAGGAAGUGAUGCUGAAAAUCAAACUGCUUUGGUUGGACACUUGCAGACCAAGGUCCUUGAUGCUCUCCCUUUGUCUACCUCUUACAACCUAUAUUCAGAUUCAUUAGUUGGUCCAGCUGCAACAGGCUUUCCAUUUGGAAAUAAGGAUUGCUUACUGAAAGUUACACUGUUUAAAACUUGUGGUGUCACCAGUUGCAAAUUUACAGUACAAUCAAGUUUGUCAGGUGGUUGCAUGACUGGGCUGACAUCAUUCUCACUAAACCUCCCCCCUUUUAUUUUCUGGGUAAUCUUUUCGGUGAUAAAUAUGCUCAUUCACCUGCUAAAGGAAAUCGGAAAUUCACUUGAAGUGCAUAAUAAAACAGAAGAGAUUUUGUCUGAAGCCUCAGAUGAAAAGUGUGGAUUAUCUCCAAGUGAUGUACCAGGAAGUUUCAGUCCCUGUGUGGCAUCCUUCUCAGCAACAGAAUGUUUGCAUGGUGAUAUAUCAAUUUCUAGUGCAAGAGUAAUACUGUGUUUUCCUUUUGAAAGUGCUGGAGAUUACGCAGCUUCGUUUACCUGGGAUAAGUUUAUUGCUCUUGAUUUUACUUCAUUGUCACCUUUGAACAAGGGUAGCACUCCAGAUGGUAGCCAAACUUCAAAUGCAAGUUCAAAGAAAAGAUUUCCUUCUCUAGCAGCACAAUCUCUUCAGUUGAAUUUCUGUGAUCUAGAUAUAUACUUAAUCACACCAACAAGUAAUGACAGUGGUAGGAUGAGCUCCAAUGGUGUGAAGAAUGAGAAAUUUUCUGGCACCUGCUUUCUUUCCAUUGCUCGUAGAAGGGGCUGCUUCUCUGUUUUUCGUUUAGUUUGGCAGGAGGGUCAAGUGACUGGUUCUUGGAUUGCUAAGAAAGCUAGAUUAUUUGUUAAUUCAGAGCAAUCAAUGGGAAAAGAUGAUAUUGCCGGAAGAGGGUAUGAGUAUGCGUCUGCAUCAGCCGUGAAAGAUUUAGAAGACUGGAAAUCUCAAACUCAACAAGAGAUGAUUCUAAGUUCAUCGUUUCUCAUGCAUGUCUAUCUAUCUCAAGUUGUGAUUAAUGUGAAUGAUUCUCAAUAUAAAGGCAUACACCAGCUUUUACUUCAGAUGCUAGAUGCAAUGACAUGUGAGACUUCUCAGGAAGCAAAUGUGGAUAAAAGUUCUUCAGUCUCACAAUCAUCAAUAUUUUUGGAAUGCGAUUCUGUAGAAGUUCUUAUUAGUAGGGAUACAUCUGAGAGUAUCCCAAGUUCAAUUAAGAGUGAGCUUCCCGGACAAUGGCAUCAAUUCAAGCUGAGGGUUCAAAGGUUCGAGUUGCUGUCUGUUACUAAUACUGGUGGUGUUAAGGCUGCGAGUUUCUUCCGACUAACCCACGGCGAUGGCAAGUUGUAUGGGUUCAUUACUGGAGUUCCUGAUCAUGAGUUUCUUCUGGUUACUUGCAACAACUCCUCUGUGAAGCGAGGUAAUGGGGGAGGUUCUAAUGCAUUAUCUUCUAGAUGUGCUGGUUCUGAUAUCAUGUAUCUAUCUGACCCAGAGAUUUCUCAUAAAAUUACAUCUAUUGCUGUCAGCUGUGGCACAGUUAUUGCUGUAGGUGGUCGUUUGGAUUGGUUUGUUGUAAUAUCAUCCUUUUUCAGUUUGCCUGCUUCUAAUACAAAAGAUGAUACUAGUAUAUCAAAAAGGGGGCUGGAUAUCUCUUACACGACUUAUUUUGUUCUCAACUUGAUUGAUAUUGCUCUGAGUUAUGAGCCCUAUAUGAAAAAUCUUUUUGUUCAGAGUGAGGUCCUUAAUUCUGAGUCUGGCUUUUCUUGUAUCAAAGAAGAUAUGGGGGAACAAUGUGUUUCUUGUCUGUUGGCUGCAUCCAGCUUGACUCUUUCAAAUUCAUCUAUGCCAGACUCAGUUGAAAGUGUUUUCCAAAUUAGAGUGCAAGAUCUGGGGCUUUUGCUUCAUUUAAUAUCAAAGCUUGAUUCUCUCCCUGGCACUUAUAGUGUAGAACAUCUUCAAAAGUCUGGUUAUGUUAAAGUUGCCCAGGAGGCUUUUCUGGAGGCAAUUUUGAAAACGAACUGUGCCAGUGGUCUUCUUUGGGAACUAGACUUAUCUAAAUCUCACCUUUAUGUGGACACUUGCUAUGAUACAACUGCUGCUCUAAUUCGUUUGGCUGCUCAACUUCAGCAAUUAUUUGCCCCUGAUGUGGAGGAGUCCAUUGUGCAUUUGCAGAAUAGGUGGGAUAGUGUUCAACAAGCACAGCAGAGCGAUGAAUUUAAUAAUGAAAUUAAGCAUCUCAGACGUGACUCGAUGGCUUCAACUUCUGAACAGUGCUCCCCAAAAACACUUCCAAAGGAUGGAUCUAGUAUAGCUGGCUUGAUGGAUGAAAUAUGUGAAGAUGCAUUUCAAGUAAAUGACAAUAAUACAUGGCAAUCAUAUUCUUGUGAAUCAGGAUUUUACAUGCCACUUGAUGGAAGCAUAAUUGAGGUUGGUAAGAUGAAUUUGGAUGAGCAUGAAGUUCUCUCUCCUGAAUUAAUGUCGACCGAGUCAGUGCCUGUAAUUGGACCAGAAGGUAGUCAUACUGCAUUUCUGCAAAACGGGUGCUUUCCAGAGAUUAUAGAAAGCUAUUGUUUGUCUGACUUACGCCCUCUCUCAGAGCUCUCUAUAGAUAUACACUCUGAAGAGCUUUCUAAAAUUAAUCUGAGGAAUCUGGCUCAUAGAGAGAUUGAAAGAGGAAGUGGUGGAUGGUAUGGAGGCAAAUCUUUAAAAGUAUUAGAAAACCACAUUUCAGAGGAAAAUGAAAAAACUGGACUGAUGAAGGCCGAACUUCAUGACAUGCUUGUCUCUAAUGAUUGCCCAUCUCAAAGCGAUGCUUGUGGACGUAUACUUCUUAAGAAAAUUGAUAUAAGAUGGAAAAUGUAUGGUGGUUCUGACUUUGUUGAUUCAGGGAAAAAUGGACAACAUUGUGGGAGGAACACAUCUGUUUGCUUGGAACUUGCAUUGUCUGGGAUGAAAUUUCAGUAUGAUACAUUUCCAGUUGGUGGACUACAUGUAUCGAAAAUGUCGCUGUCCGUUCAAGAUUUUUAUCUGUAUGACAGAAGCCAAGCUGCACCUUGGAUACUGGUGCUAGGAUAUUAUCACUCAAAGGGUCAUCCUAGGGAAUCUUAUUCAAAAGCAUUUAAGUUGGACUUGGAGGCUGUUAGACCAGAUCCUCUAACUCCCCUCGAGGAGUACAGGUUAAAUGUUGCUUUUCUACCUAUGCUAUUGCAUCUACAUCAGUGCCAGCUUGAUUUUCUUGUUGGUUUCUUUGGGAGGGAAAACUCAUUAAAUGACCAGUUUCCUAAUAAUUGUCAUGAUUUAGAGGGUUCAAAAUCAUUUCCUGAGAGGAGUAAAGAUCAUGCAUGUCAUUCGAUUGCACAAGAAGCAUUGCUUCCUUACUUCCAGAAGCUAGAUAUAAGGUCUAUCCUUAUUCGGGUGGAUUACAGUCCGAAUCAUGUAGAUCUAGCAGCAUUAAGACGUGGGAAAUAUGUAGAACUUGUAAAUCUUGUUCCUUGGAAGGGUAUCGAGCUUAACCUGAAACAUGUUCAUGCUUCUGGCAUCUAUGGUUGGGGCAGUGUUUGUGAAGCAGCUUUAGGGGAGUGGUUGGAAGAUAUAUCUCAGAAUCAGAUUCAUAAAAUACUGCGCGGGCUUCCUACUGUACGAUCGUUAAUUUCAGUUGGGGCUGGUGCUGCUAAGCUGAUUUCAUCUCCAGUAGAGAACUACAAGAAGGAGCGUAGAGUGAUCAAAGGUUUGCAGAGAGGUACAAUUGCAUUUCUUCGAAGCAUUUCUCUUGAAGCUGUUGCACUUGGAGUUCACCUAGCUGCUGGAGCCCACGACUUUCUUCUCCAAGCAGAAUAUAGUCUUUCAAGCAUACCUUCUCCAGUUGCUCUGCCUGUAAACGAUAAAUCAAGGACAGGUGUUCGAUCUAAUCAACCCAAGGAUGCCCAACAAGGAAUUCAACAGGCUUGUGAGAGUCUCAGUGAUGGCCUGGGAAAAUCUGCUGCAGUGUUAGUUCAGAACCCUUUGAAAAAGUUCCAGCGCGGUUCAGGUGCAGGACCUGCCUUGGCCGCUGCUGUUCGAGCAGUUCCUGCAGCUGCCAUAGCUCCUGCUUCGGCUUGUGCAAGUGCUGUACACUAUGCUCUUCUUGGAGUUAGAAAUAGCCUUGAUCCUGAACGCAAAAAGGAGUCCAUGGAGAAAUAUUGUCCUACACAACCCUGGGAAGAAGACUGAUUAAUGGUGCCGCUAGUGACAUCUUACCUUGUCUAUGUACAAAAUGUCAUUACUAUUCUAAUGCCAAAUAGUUUCUUAAUAAUUCUAUAUGCAGAUUAUUAUGUGAGGUUUUUGUAGUUUAUACUCUUCAUCGACCAAGGCGAUCCAGAUGAGCUUUUUUUGUUGUCAGCCGGGCAGUCUCCCCGUUUGUCAUAUGUACAGUAAUUGAACCAGUCGCUUGAUUCUUUUCCAUCGAGAGCAAUUGUAUAUGCUGUAAAUAUGGUUGGUGCUUCAUUCUUGAUCCUUUUCUUAUUCAUUUAAACGGAUGUCUUUAGAUGUAAUGACCCCAUUGGUUUAGUUAGAUGUACAGAAUAAAAUAAUAUCAUUCUUUGAAAACCUUGAUAUUUGUGUAUAUUGCCUUUAUUUUAUUUAUUUUUUUUGUAAAUAUUGUAUAGCGUUUAUUACUGGACAAUAGUGUCCAAUCGUUUAAGUUUGUCUUUAUUUUGUAA